AUGCAUGUUGAAUCAUCCUCGACGUUGACGGAUGAUCAAACGUUUCGAAGAGAAAACUACUCCUUCUGCACACAACGUAAAACCAAGAUUCUUGAGGACCGUUUGAGCGGGAAGAAGGAAGUCUUGCUGGAAAAAGAGCUGGUCCUGGAGGAAGUGAUUUCCCUUACUAAAAAGCUCCGGAAGCAGGCCUCGGACGGUCGCGCACAAGCCUUAGCUCUCUCCAAAAAGGUAAACGAGUUUCAAGGACGCAUCCGCGAUACCACUAGGCGCAUGAUGGCUACUGUGUCCGAGCUGUCAAUGCACCAGGCCACCGCCCUCAAGCUCCAGCAAGAAAAGACGGCAAGGGAGAGAGAGCUCCAAGAGGCCACUUGGAGGGCCGAGCACGGAGAGCCACCAACCGAGGCGGCCGUCUGGGACCUGUACCGUCUCGAGCAGAAGAGCGUUGCGGCCAGCACGCAGAGGCUUGAGAGGGCGGAGGCGGAGACUUCCGGAGAGGCGCCAAUUCCACCGUCCAUGGUCCGCACGAUGGCGGAGCCCCGACCGAACGCCUACAUCCCAGACGAGCUGGGGAUCCCCAAGCCGUACGGCGGGCAAGGGCCGUUCAAGCCAACGGAAGGGGGCACAACGAUGCGGCACAUCCGCAUGCCCAAGCCGCGAGAGAUCGAGAUUUAG